GUCCUCCGCUUGCAUACCCUGAAGCGACUGAACCGGCACGGCUUGUCAUCGACAUUUGCUGACCGUUGAUAGUGCUCCUGACGACGUGGUCAAAGCCUUUAAGCGUAGGUGCUGAAUUCAAGCAAAACCAAGUGUAGCGCUUUGCCGGAUUACGCUGGAAGUCACCCCCCGGUAGAAUGGCACUUGCGUCGUCGCUGUUGCGCACGCGACCUACGCAUGGGGCAAUCCCGAACGCUGCGGCCGCGGCGCUGUCGCUGCGGCCAGCAAUCUGUAGCGGCUCGACAUCAUGCCUGCAAAACGUCCUGCUGCGCCGCGCGCUGGCGGGGCAACGGCUCGGCGUGACUGCUGCAGCGGGUCCUUCGGGGCCAUCGCCGUCGAGCACCGUGGUCGUUGCGUCGGAGCUGGAUGUCGGGUACAGCAGCGCUCAGGGCGCCCGUGACACGAUGGAGGACGAGGUGCAGGUGCACUACAACACCGUGGGCCACUACCUGUACGCGGCGGUCUUUGACGGCCACGGCGGAGACAUGGCGGCGCAGUGGCUCAGCAAGGAGCUGCACGGACAGGUUGAGAACUGCCUGUGCGGCCGGACCGUGCACGGCAGCAAGCUGCCCGGCUCCAGCUCCGCCGCCGCCGGCAACAACGGCAACGGCGCCGCCAGCACGGCCUCCGCGGGCAGCAUGAGCGGGACCACGGGCUCGGGCAAGGGCAUCAGCAGCAGCGACAUCAGCGCGCCGCAGCUGAUCGAGUCGUUCCACCUGGCGGACAAGGCGCUGCUCAAGUACCUGAGCGACAGCGGCGGAGAGGUGGCUGCGGGCGCCGGCGCCACGGCCACGGUGGUGGUGAUCAAGGACGACAAGCUGGUGGUGGCCAACGUGGGGGACAGCCAGGCCGUCCUGUCCCGGCGCGGCAAUGCCGUCAUCCUGGCGCACUACCACCGCGUGUACGGCAGCGGCGCUGACGUCAGCGCCGAGAUAGAGCGGGUCAAGAGUGUGGGCGGCUGGAUUGACGACGGCCGCGUGUGUGGUGUGCUGGCGGUCAGCCGCGCGUUCGGAGACUGGGAGUUCAAGGGUGAGGGCCUGCCCCGCCUGCUGGAGACGGGCAUCGAGCGCGGCUACUGGGACAGCUCCUUCGCGGCGCAGCAGGCCUUCAGCGCAGACCCCGUGGUGGCCACACCCGACGUCACCGAGACACUGCUCAGCGAGGAGGACGAGUUCCUGAUUGUGGCCAGUGACGGGCUGUGGGACGUGCUGCCGCCGCGCGAGGCAGUGCAGUGGGCGCGCAAGGAGUUCAAGGCCAAGAAGGACGCGGCCGAGGUGGCUGCCAGCCUGACGGGCCUGGCGCUCAAGCGCUACUCCACCGACAACGUGGCGGUGGUGGUGGUGGACCUGCAGGGCGCCGACUUCUGGUCCUGCAAGCCCAAGCCGCCCAUCAAGACCGUGGCGGGGCGCAAGCCCGGCGGCAUGUUCGGCUUCCUCAACAAGAAGUAAACUGGAGGCCUGCAGGUUGGAGGAGUUCUGCAGCUCAAGCGGAAGCAGCAGCCGAGCCAGUGUAUAGGACGAUAGCAGGAGCUGCACGGGCCGAGGUGGAGCCGCGGCGGUUGCUCGCUGUGGGCUGCUGCCGAGGGCGCUCUCGGGGGGUGGCGAGAGGGAGGUUCCUGUUCCCGAGCCCAAUAGGGGGGACUCAAUGUGACGAUCAUGUGUGCCUGCGCGCAUCGACUGACUGAGAGCGGCGCGAGCGGGGCGCCGUGGCCAUUUUUCGUGUUGGCUUCGGCUGUUCUCCGCAGCAGCAGCUGUGUGCGGGCGAUGCGGCGGGCGCCUGGCCCCUCCCUCCCCGGAAGGGGCCGGGCCCCGCGUUUUCAUCAACGCCGCCGCAACACUGUUUGUGUAUGGGGGGAAGUGGGGGUGGCUGGCGGGCGCUGUAGGCGGCCGGCGGACAAGUGCGGGUGGUCGCUGGGUGUUGGGGGCCGAAGGCAGUGUGAUGGCAUGACGAGGGGACACAUGCUUUGAUGGCGUAUGUGGGCCACAAACAGGGGCGCAUUGCGCCGGCCGCGCACGCCUCUCGUGAGUCGCGUCCGUUGACAACGUCUGUGGGCUAGCGCUGCAGAAAUUAGCAAGCGUCCAUGUGCACAAAUUGAGAUUGUGAGACUGGAGAAGAUUAUUAGGCAAAAGAAAAGCUUGCGUGUCGAUCUGGGCCUGCGCUGUCGCGCUUGCAUUUGCGUGACUCCUGCUGCGCAAGCGUCCCGGAGCGGCGCCGUUCCAUUGUGAGGCGGUGUAUGCAACCUCCGGGAAGAGCGGUUGCGUUUUGUGGGCACUGUUUGUCGUGCGACAAGGAAAGCGUAAGAAAGCCUAGCGUGUGACACGCAUGCAAAGGAGUGUGUUGUGUAUGUGUGUAUGCCCAGGUGAGUUUGAGGGAGGGCUUGGGGCUGACAACAUCAGCUCAUUACUGGGUCGUGGUAGUGUGGAGAGUCUGUAGCGAGGUAGUUGGGGCGGUUGUACGCAACUGCGGCGAGAGCUGCGAGUUCAUGCUUGCGUUUGCGUGUGCGUGGCGUGUGCCGGCUCAUGCGGCGCUUUCUAGAAUAAAUGUGACAUGUUGGGCGAGCAUGCGGUGGUUGGUGUGUGUGUAGGCGUGUGUGCCCUUAACCUAACCUUUGAUUGGGAUGGGAUGCGAAAAGGAAUGCAAGCGGCGGGGGCGGGUGCUGGGCUCGUGCAAUAGCACAGCUGUGAGCAGGAACGUUGACACGAGCACGUGGUGCGCAAAACCCACAUCUCACGAGCUCGCUGCUGUGAACCAGGAUCUGAAAGGAUGGGGAAUAAUGAUUACAGCUAGGACAAUGCAUGGGACCCAUGGGACCCCAUCGCGCUGAGCCCGCCGCGUGAGGUUGGAUUUUGGAAGUGUUGCGCUGAGGGGGUUGACCAUUGCCUGUGCCCCGCUCGGACACAGUUUUGAAGGGCCGAAUCUGGAUUGCCGAUGGUAUUGUUUUGGUUUGCCGGCACGGAUUCCUAAACUUUACGCCCUGAAUUUCAAAGCAGGCACACACGGCUCUAUCAAAGCACAACACGCCGCCAGUUCUUGUCUACAGGGGCUGGUACCACAGCCAAUGGAGAGGCUCCAGCGAUCGAGUGAAGGAGUACCGUAUCCCGGGUUGACGCUUGUGCUGCUCCUAGGUGGCUUGCGCAGUUGUGGGGGCGCACCGCGCA